AUGACUCACAAUUACCAGCACAUCCUGGCCUUGGCAUUUGCUGUAAAGGAGAUCAAUGACAAUCCACAGAUCUUGCCCAACGUCACCCUGGGCUUCCACAUCUAUAAUAGCUAUUUCAGUCAAAACAGGAUCUAUCAAGCAUCAAUGGAUCUUCUAUCUACAAGGGAUCGGUUCAUCCCUAAUUACAAGUGUGAUGGAAAGAGAAAUCUGGUAGCUGUCAUAGGAGGCCCUACUUCUGACAUAGAUCUUCACAUGGCCAAUGUGUUCAACAUUUACAAGAUUUCACAGCUAACAUAUGGAUCUGCUUCUGUGGUGACUGAGAAAAGCCAGUCUCCUUUCUCCCACUGGAUGUUCCCAAAUGCAGCCCAUCAAUAUCAGGGGAUUCUCCACUUACUGUUGCAUUUCAGCUGGAUGUGGAUUGGGUUGUUUUAUCUGGAUGCUGAAAGUAUAGAACAAUUCAUACAGAAUGUCAUUCUUUCUUUCUCCCAAAGGGGUGUCUGCUUUGAUGUCAUACAGACAUUACAAGUAAUAAGUUUUUCUGAUGGUAUCACUGAACUUGUAGAAAAGGGGCUAGAAAUGUACAAGAUUGCCAUCGCUAGCUCUGCUACUGCACUGGUCAUUCACGGUGAAAUUCAGACAAUAAUCAUUUUGAGGAUGGUGCACCAGUUUGCAGAAUGUGAGGAUGUGCCAGUUCAAUCAAAAGGCAAAGUCUGGAUUAUGACAGCCCAAAUGGAUUUCACAUCACUGCCCUUCCAAAGAAACUGGGACAUAGACAUCAUCAUUCAUGGGGCCUUAUCGUUUGCACUUCACUCAGAGGAGGUGUUUGGGUUCUACAGAUUUCUUCAGAUGAGAAAUCCUACUUUGGAGAUCGAAGAUGGUUUCAGUGAGGCCUUCUGGCUAAAGAUAUUUCACUGUUCGUUCCCCAAUUCCACAGCAGUAAGCAAAGAAGGGCAAAUCUGCACUGGAGAGGAGAAGCUGGACAUUCUUCCUGCAUCUGUCUUUGAAAUGAGGAUGACUGGCCAUAGCUACAGCAUCUACAAGGCUGUUUAUUCUGUAGCACACGCCUUGCAUGACAUGAACACAUCCCAGUUCAGACACAGAACAAGGGCUGAUGGAGGAAGAAGGAAGCUUCUAAAUCAACAGUUGUGGCAGACACGACCACUUUCUCAGUGCAAUGAGAACUGCCAUUCUGGUUAUAGUAGGCAAAAGAAGGAAGGGAAACCGUUUUGCUGCUAUGAUUGCCUUCCAUGUCCAGAAGGGAAGAUUUCAAAUAAGAAGGAUAUGGAUGACUGUUUUCCUUGUGCAGAAGAUCAUUAUCCAAACAAUGAGCAGAACCACUGCCUUCCAAAAGAUAUCAGCUACUUGUCUUAUGAAGAACCUUUGGGGGUCAGUUUGGCCAUCUUUGCCCUUGCCUUCUCGUUCAUCACAGUUUGGGUGCUCAGGGUCUUCAUUGAGCACCGGGACACUCCCAUAGUCAAAGCCAACAACCGGAAUCUGACCUACAUUCUCCUCAUCUCCCUUCUGCUCUCCUUCCUUUGUGUGUUGCUAUUCAUUGGCCACCCUGGGAAGGUGACCUGUCUCCUUCGACAGAUGACUUUUGGCAUCAUCUUCUCGGUGGCUGUUUCUUCCGUGUUGGCCAAAACUAUCACUGUGGUUCUGGUUUUCAUGAGCACCGAGCCAGGGUCCAGAAUGAGAACAUGGAUGGGGAAUCAACUGGCCAUCUUCAUUGUUCUUUUCAGCUCUCUUAUACAAGCUGUUAUAUGCACUGUGUGGCUGGCAACAUGUCCUCCAUUUCCAGAUUUUGACAUGCACUCAAUGACUGAAGUAAUUGUCCUGCAAUGCAAUGAAGGGUUGGUCACCAUGUUUUAUUGUGUCUUGGGCUUCCUGGGCUUCCUGGCCAUUGUCAGUUUCACUCUGGCUUUCCUAGCCAGGAAGUUACCUGACACUUUUAAUGAAGCCAAAUUCAUUACUUUCAGCAUGUUGGUCUUUUGCAGUGUUUGGUUGUCCUUUGUUCCAACCUAUUUGAGCACCAAGGGAAAAUACAUGGUAGCUGUGGAGAUCUUCUCUAUUUUGGCCUCCAGUGCUGGGUUGCUAGGCUGUAUCUUUCCCCCCAAAUGCUACAUUAUUUUUCUGAGGCCAGACCUGAAUAGUAGGAACCAGAUAAUAUGGAGAAAGCAUUGA